GAACGCCAACUUUCGCGACAUGAACGCCCCUGCUCUGCGCUCGUACGAGCCGCACUUCAAUUUUCCAUCGCAAGGGCCGCGACUACUCACGCCUCCUGCGACGCCACGACGACGAGAGUAAGGAGAAGGUGAUGGGCUUAAAUGACGAGGAUUGGCAGACCUGGUGGAAGAAGAUGGCGCAGCGGAGGUACGACAUGGGCUGCGUUGUCGACCAGGGCAAAGCGGUCGACCGCCUCAUCGAUCUCGAGGUGCAUCGUCUGCUCUUCGUCGCUCGGGGUGGUGCGGUGAUGCCUCCACUGCCCAAGGAGACGCCGGAGGAGAUCAGGGCACGUCGCGCUUCGAUCAGGCCCAGCGAGGGGGCAAGCGCCGAGGAGAUCCGGCUUCUACAGCGGGAGGCGCGAGAGAAGCGCUACGACAGCGCACCGAACGCCGCUGCCCGCCGGACCCAUCAGCGCCUUGUCAACAAGGUGCAGAGGGAGAACCGUGGAGACGUCGCCUCCCUCAAAGCCCGUUACCGCAACACCCCGCUGGACGAGCUCUUCCCUCUCACCGCCGACAACAUUCUUCCCCCUCCCUCUAAGCGGAUGAGGAAGAGGCUCAGGAAGCAGGCGAGGCGCAGGGAGACGAGGGCAGUGGCGAUGGCGGAGGCGAUGGCGGAGGCGGCCUUCUGGCCUGUGGGCACCACGGUGGAGGAGGUGGAGCGGCUGCGCUGGGACCCAGACGCUCCUCGUCCGCCGCGUGUAGACCCCGCUGAGGGGUUCAACAUCAGGCGCAGGGCGGCCAGGGCGGCCAGGGAGGGGCAGGUGGUGCUGGGCGACGGGGACGAUGGACUCGUCGCGCCGACCCUACAGUAUCUCUGCACGCUAACAUCCCCCAGCAUAUAGUACGGCAUCGAAGUGCCAACGUACAAUGGGGAAGCGUGAAAGUAGGCCGGCACAUUACCAUCUUAUGUAUGGUAAUGAGACGAGUUAAGCAUAACGGCGCCUUCCAUAGAACUUGGCCGCUGUAGUAAUAAGAUAUCGAUAUCCUCCUCUUCCUCUACGCCGGUCAACGCUUGCUCGUAGCAGCAGCAUACUAGUGGAAGCGUGUGACAGUAGCGGACUCCCUGAGCUCGACGUGGUGACUGCGAGAACUACCCGU